AUGAGAGCCAUUAGGAAUCUAAUGGGGCAGCAAGUAAGGAACCAGAAUGCUGCCAUUUUUGCUGAAGUACCGCAAGGGAACGUGCCAACUGGAGUGGCGAAUGAUGGACGCCAGGCACAAAAGUUGGUGGAGCGGUUCCUUAAGCCGAAGCCACCUAAGUUUGCGGGAAGCGGAGAUCCCGAGGCUGCUACCUCUUGGGGCAAUACAAGUUUGUGGUGGAGAGCCACUAAGGACAGGGUCUUUCCCGACGAUAUAGUCCCGACAUCAGAUGCAUUUGUGGAGGCGUUCAAUGGGAAGUACUUCUCGAAUACUGCGAGGAAACAGAAGAUGGCAAAGUUCCUUCGUCUGCGCCUGAACCAACCGUCAGUGGAUGAAUACGAGGCUAGGUUCGCCGAACAAGUAAAGUAUGCCCCAAGAAUGACAGAGGACCUCGUGGAUAGGGCAAAAAGAUUCUGGGAUGGACUGAAACCGGAAAUCAAGAGUGUGUUGGUGCCGCUCAAUUUGAAAGAUUAUGAUGAUCUAUAUGAGAGGGCACGGAUGGUGGAACGUGAUUUGGCUGAAAGGCAUAUCGCAAUUGGAUCGCGAUUUAUACCAUCGCAUAGACAAGACAUUUGGCAAGGAAAGAAGGCGAUGCCUAGUGGUAGGCACCACAUUCUACCCAAUAGUAGAGGGGUGAUCAGCAAGCCGGUGUUCCGCCAAGAUGGGGCGUGUCACUUAUGUCGCCAAAGGCAUGGACCCGGUCCGUGCUCGUUUAGUGGAGGGGCAUGUUUUGGAUGUAGCAAGUUCGGUCACCAAGUGAAAGACUGCCCGCAGAGGCAACAGAUCGGGCAAGUGACGCAGCAGCAUGGAGGACAGUUUGGAUGGAACGUGUCACCGAACUUUCCAAGUCGACCCUAG